AGGCGGAAAACAUUGGAUCAGUCGUUUUCUUUGAUGGCGCGAACCAGAGGUUUAUUCGUAGCAAUUCCAUGGCGAUCGAUGAGGAGGACAAAUCAUUAUCAGCAAAUGAAGUUGCUGCAACCGUAUCGGUCUUACUUGGUUCUGCUCCGGUCUCGCUUUCAUCCGAUUCAUCAUUCAAGUUAAAUCAAGUUCUGUACCCUAGUCUAUUUGACAGGCCUCAUGCUGUUUUGCUGCUGGAAGUCACGGGAAUUAAAGAUCCUCGAUUACCUUUCGCCUACUCAAAUGACCAAUUGGGUAGUGCUUUUAGUAGCAACAUUGUGGGCUCAAGUAAAGCUGACAUAGAACUAUCAGAUGGGAAUGAAGUUUCUCGCUUGGAUGAUCCAUCAAGUAUUGAAUGUGAUGGUGCUUGUAUUAUUCAAGAACUUGAAUAUCUUGGAGGAAGAUAUGUCAGCACAUCAGAGGCUGUUGAUGGAGAGCUGAGCUUCUCUUUACCCUCUAAUAUUGAAUAUCUUCUGCAGAAAUCAGACAGAAUUUUUGCAUUAAGUCUAGUUUCCUUUACCAGAAAUAUUAGAAAGUUAAUGGAGAAUGGUGAAGGUUUUGCAGAAAGCAUCACGAUCCCUGCGGAGCUAUUGAUGGGCCGUUUCACAGGCAUUGAGGCCUUGGAGGAGGAAUAUGGUUCUGGAGACAUUGUUCGUCAAGGAAUAGAGCUCCUUCAGACAGCAUUUACCAAGUCUUACAACUUACUGCACAAGUUAUAUGGAGGAAAGGUUGUUGGAAUUAUCUUAUAUAGUAGGGAGUCAUCUGCAAAUGGGGCCCCUAUGCUAAAUGUUAACCUUCCAGCUGGUGAACCUCGGUUGUUGGCAGAAGCUAGUCCAAUAGAUGUGAAGAUUGCAGAGGUGAUAUUGGUUAGAAGGAGCUUGGCUUGGAUAACUGGCAUCAUUUUCCUGGUUUCUACGCUAAUGGGGAUAUACUACUUACUUUACAUGCCUCUAACAAGGGACACCCUCCUUUAUUCCAACGUAAAACUCGACUGAUUAGCUGAAGAACGCAUUAUCGUCAAGAAUCUGCCUCGGCAUCCGCUUUCUCAGAAUUAGAUAAGAGCGCUGCUCUCUUGUUGCAUUCUUAUUUUCUUAUUUGCUACCGGAUUAUUCCAGUCUGUAUUCAGUACAAAUUAUUUUGUGUAGUUAGUUCUUGUAGAGUAAAAAUAAGCCAAGAAUGUUCCUGUACUUUGAUUUGUUUUGUAAACAUUCUGUGGGACAGAAUGUAAGAGGCUAUGAUAUGUAUUAUAAUUUCCCCCACUUCGCUUAAUAGAAAUAAUUAGAUUAUCAC